GGAGUUUCCCGAGAAAACCUCCGCCGGCUACAGAGAGACCGGACUGUCGACGGUACUUAAGGAAGUUGCAGCUGGGAUUGAAUGACAGUUCCUCACAUAGCUCCGGCUACCAGGCCGUUUACUCAGAGCCACUAUCCUGCAUCGUAUGACUUUUGACCCUGAAAUAUCGACUUGCACUUGAACUCAACACUUAGCUGACUGAGACCCCGUCACUAACAGGAAUGUCUCAUUCCAAACCACUGCUCAUCCCGUGGCUGCGGUCCCACAUUGACAGCGGCAGGUAUCCUGGUGUCCAGUGGACAAACCCUGAGCGAACAGAGUUCUCCAUCCCGUGGAAACACGCUUUAAGACAGGACUCCUCCGACACUGACAUUCUCAUCUUUAAGGCCUGGGCAGAGGUGAGUGGCAAUGGUCGGGCUCAUGGUGACGCCUCAGUCUGGAAGAGGAACUUCCGCAGCGCCCUCCGAGCCAAAGGCUUCAAACUGCUCUCUGACAACAAGAAUGACGCUGCUAACCCCCAUAAAGUGUUUCGCUGGCCGGAUGAGUCAGGAUCAGCAGCUAACUCUUCUGCUGGAUCCCAGGACCAAGAUGACCUGGAUUUGUUUGAGGAAAUUGGCCUUCCUACACAAGAAACCCAGGGUGUCCCAUGCUUUGACCUCUAUCUUCCAGAAGAAACUGUGUUUUCAGCAGAAUCCGCUGCCAACCAGGAUAUUCUCCAGGAGUGCCUCAAGGGACUGAACAUUGGCCCUGAAACAGAGGGCACUGCAGGCUUUGAGCCUCCUCCCGAGCAACAACAGCUCGAAAACCCAGUUGUGAUUGGUGGAGUAACGUUGCCAGGGCAACAGCAGUAUCCAGUAACGUUUAAGAGUGCAGUCAGUGAAGCUGGGUUGCCUGAGCAACCGGCACAUCCAAUGGAGGGAGCUGUGGGAGGGGCCUGUGAUGGGCAGUUUGCAGAGCAGUUCCUAGAUACCAUGAACAAGACCAGAGAUGGAGAUAAUUUCAAGACUCAAUUCAGGAUAUCCGUGUACUACAGAGGGGUGAAGGUGUUGGAGCAGCUGGUCGAGAAUGAAGCUGGAGUCCGUUUAGUUUACAGCCCUGAACUCGUGGGGACAGCUUUGGUGGAUCACGAGUCAGGCCUCUCCCUGGUCUCUCUGCCAAGUCCUGGAGCCAUGCUGGAUCAAACUCAAGCUAAUCUGACCCAACGCAUCCUGGACAAGCUGGGCAAUGGUUUGGACUUGGGGCUGUCAGGUCACGUGGUCUACGGCCAGCGACGCGGCGAAAUCAAAGCAUUUUGGAGCGUGUCCAAGUUUGACAGGAGCAGACAACCCCAAGAGAUCUCUAAACUGCAUCCUCAACCGCUGUACAUGUUCAAGGACUUUGUGAGAGGAAUAAUGGACUUCAUUAAUGGUGGAGAUUGCCCUCCCUGCUCCCUGUUCUUCUGCCUCGGGGAGAAGUGGCCUGACCCAGACAACAGGCCUUGGGAGAAGAAACUCAUCACAGUGGAGGUGGUCCUGACUUCAAUGGAGUUACUGAAGAAAAUGGCUGUUGCAGGCGGCGCCUCCUCUCUGCAGUCUGUGGAGUUGCAGAUGUCGCUCGAAGAGAUGAUGGAGUUGUACUGACACGUUUUGGUGUGCCUGAAGAAAGUCACUGUUUACCCUUUUUUUUUCAUAAUCCUUAACCUUGAACAAAAGCAUCUCAGAAAAUUUUUUUUUUACAUGUUUUAUGAACAUUUUAUAUCUACACCAAAUAAUAUAGAUCAGGUAAUAAUAAUGGUACUAAUAAUUCCUCUGGUGGUGGAUUUGCUGGUUCUACACAAAAAAAUGUUUAAGAUGCAGUUUUUACCAUGGUUAGAGAUAAAUAUAUGCUUAUUAACUAAUUUAUACUUUGAUAUUUUUUUUACAUAAAAUAAUGUGAUUUGAUAAGAUCUUUCUUAUAUCAGUGGUGUUGUUGGUGCUAGUGUUUCUAAAAUAGAAAAUAAAUAUAAAUAAAAUAAUACAUAUACAUAUAAUGCAAACAAAAGAGCUCUGUCACACAGCAUUAGAGGUAAACUGUAACUCUUAUUUCCUCUUCAUUCUGCUCUUGCAAACCAUGUGUUUGUAAUGAAAUAAGUCCACUCCUGUUUUCUGCUAUAAAGCAAAACAGGUGAUUUCCCUCAAAACUGACAUGAUGGUAUGUAAUGUAAAUACUGUAGUAAAGUUAGUAAAGCCUGUUCAGUCAGAUUUAACAGUGCAGAUGUGAUCCGAGAAUCUGGAAUCAGUUUAAAUGUUCUCUUGUAUCUUGUAUCACAAGACAGUUUUAGCACAAUAUGCAGAAUACACACCUGAGCACAAUGGGAGACAGUUAUGUACCACAACACACCAGAGACUGUACAGAAAAAAGUGAAUAUGUGCACAUGUUUAUUUCAUCUUGUUCUGUUUAAGGUUCAUGGUUAACCAACAAGAACGUGUAUCAGAUUCUGCCAACUCUGAAUUUACUCUGAAGCAACGCUAUAUGAUUAAACUACACAUUAAAAUACACAUAAUAUCAGUACAAACAAUAAGAGUUCAAGACUUUAUUAAAAUAUUGGAGGAUAUUAUCAUGUUAUUACCUCAUUUUAUCAACUGAUUUUAUUCAGUUCCUUCUCAGGAUCUACCAUCAAUUCACAAUUUCAUUCUUAACUCAAAUCAGUGUGACCUUGUUGCUUCUCUACAUUAUCAAUGAAUCCAAGAGGAAGAAAUUAAAAAAAAGCUUUUUAUGUC